CCGCUGUCAAUCGGUGUCAUGCCGGUAGAGGUAAAAACGAGUGUACAGUUUGAUUUCUAAAUAAUCUGAUUUUCGCCAGUUGAUGCCAUGGUUAAUUUAACCGAUUUACGAUAAUAGCCUGCCUAGGACAUUCAGACUCAUUUAUGAAACCGAUCGAUAUUGAUUGCAUGGAUAUUUGUGUUAUAACAUGUCACGUCAAGGAGUUUGCGGAAUUAAAUGAUGAUUCCGAAUGAGAUGUCAUCUGUCAUGGACCGAGCGCGGGUGCAGCUGGCUGCCUGGGCAGAGGAUCCCUGUUGCUAGGGAGACUUCACCACAUAGACAUGGCACUUGAGAGAGCAAAUAGAGGAGGGGCCAGAAGAAACCCUCACCUAGGGUAAACUACAGAGUCAGGAAAGAGAAGAAGAGGUGGAGAAAGGAGAGGUCCAAAGAGGAAGAAAGGACUGAGGGAAGAGAAGGAGAGUCUGUCAGUCUCAGGAUGGGUUAUGACCUGGAGAGGUUUGUGGGGUACGUGAACGAGGGGCUUCUGUGCUGUGUGUGUCGGGAUGUGUUGGAGCGCCCCCUCCAGGCCCCUUGUGAACAUGCCUACUGCGACGCCUGCAUCAGCUCCUGGCUCAUACACCACCACUCCUGCCCUGAGGAUAGACUUCCACUGGACAUCAGCACUCUGAGACCACUGCACAGGUACAUGCGUAAUGACCUGUCUAGGCUCCAGAUCCGUUGUGUUAACUCAGGCCAGGGCUGUGAUGCCGUCUGCUGCCUGGAGACACUUCACACACACGAGGACCAGUGUCCAUUCACCUUCAUAUCCUGCUCCUCCACAGGUUGUCCGGUGCAGGUGGAGAGGAGGGGUCUAGAGUCUCAGCUGUUGGAGUGUGAGUUCCGCAGCAGAGUGUGUCCUAGCGGCUGUGGCCACACGCCCCUCUCUGUAGACCAAUCACAGCACAACUCUGUCGCGGAGCUACGAACAGAAUUGGAGCUGCUCAGGGCAGAGAUGUUGGGUAAGGUGGAGGAGGUGAGGCGUGAGAUGGAGUCGAGGCUGGACUCUCAGAGGAGACACAUGGUGCAGAAAGAGUCUCUGCUGAAGAGCGAGGUGGAGGACCUCAAGGGCCAGGUGUCGAGGGUGAUGUGUGAUGUGCGGGCUCUCUUGGUGGCUGAGCGCCUGCGGAGACAGGAGCUGGCAGAAGCGGAUCUAGAGAAGAGGGAGCUACUGGAGAUGCUCCGGAGCCUGCAGCCAUGCAGGGGCCAGCGGAACAGAGACGAGCCAAUCAGAGGACUGCAUCAAGAAGACGGGACAAUUAGGAGCCAGCAUCAAGUGGAACACCCAACCAGGGGCCUGCUGAGGGCGGGGCCAACACAGGCUUCUACUCAAUCACUACCCUCGGCUUUGCCCACUCCAGCCUUAUACCCGCCUACCUCCCCACAGCCAGGGGAGGGGUCACGCAAGGCCUGCCCCUGCAGCCUUACCCUCGACUGCAUCAAGAGCAGAGAGGUCACCGUCAUCUGAGGGGCCAUUCCUAAUGUUACUGGGUUAUGUUCAGUACUGGGUUAUGUUCAGUACUGGGUUAUGUUCAGUACUGGGUUAUGUUCAGUACUGGUUAUGUUCAGUACUGGGUUAUGUUCAGUAGGCAAAUGAUUAAUUAUGUAUACAUUAUUGAUUAGAACCAUUUAUUCUAAUACUAUUAUGUUAUGAUAUAAAAAGUAUGAGUUUUUGGUUAAGCUGUUACUGAAAAUGUAAGCAGAACGAAUUAAUUGUCUGUGCCUCUUGGGAAGUUUAAGGGGGAGAGAUGCUAUAGCUUUUCAGACAGAUAAGAAAUGUUUGGGUGGUGUUCCAUUAGUGGAGAAAAGUAUAUAUUUUAGACAGUUUGGAAUGUAGUUUUAUGGGGGGAGUAGAAGGAGAGUCCAGACCUAAAAACAAUGGGCUCUUGUGAGAAUCGGAGAGAGGGUGGGAAACUGAUGAUGUCAUUUACAGUUUAUAACCUGUGGAAAAAUGUGUAUGCGUUUAGUACUCUCUUGUAAUUAACGCUGUUACCUUUGGCUUUUAAGACUGGUCUCAAUCUACUUCAUGCAUAAUUAAUGAACUUACAACUCAUUAAUGAAUUAGAAAUGAGUGCGAAUUGGUAUUGGCAAUAAAACAUACAGGAAUUUAGAAUUCCUCUAUCAGUUCAGUACUGGGUUAUGUUCAGUACUGGGUUAUGUUCAGUACUGGGUUAUGUUCAGUACUGGGUUAUGUUCAGUACUGGGUUAUGUUCAGUAGGCACAAAUGAGAGAA